CAUUAUUAAAAAAUAUUUAUCUACUAACUAAUCGACUUUGGCCACAACACAUUUCAAUUCACUGAAAAAUAAUAAUUAAUUUUAUAUUCACCGGUGACCUAGUGCAUCAAUUUCUUAACACUAACAUAUUCUUUUGAUUACUGUUAAAAUGCCUCAAGUUCUACCAAAUCUAAAUUAUGACAAUAAUACAUAUUCAAGAUCUCAAAAAAAGGUAAAAACAACUUUAAUUUAAAAAAAAAAUGAAUUAAUUAUAAUAUAAAUAAGAAUUUUAAAUUUCAUCUGUUUUAGAGACAAAAUAAUUUUAAAAACUAAUUGUUUAAUCUUUUUCAACUAUAUUUUUUAGGCUGUAUCAAGCAAUAGUCCUAAUUUAAUACCGCCAUUAGUUCAUAACGACCGAGUUAAUCCUGGCCACUACAAAAACCACUCAAUGUUCGUACAACUUUCAAAUUAUUGAAAAUAUAAAUUCAAGUUAAAACUUGUAUAAUAAUAAUAAAAAAAAAAAAAUUUGUUUUCAAUAAUUGUAGCUCACAUGGAUUGAUGAUGUUUGUCGUAUUACUCAUUCUAUUCGGAAAACCAGAGGCUAAACGACAUCUUACAAUAGAUUCAAUUUCCGAUUCAACAAGCAUGGACAGUUGUCAAAUUUCUCUGAGCGAAUCAAUGCCUAUUGGCAUGACUUACGAGAAUAAUGCGAUUGUUCUCAAAAGCACGUAUCAAACUUGGAUGGAUCUUAUACACUCAGCUAAAAGAACAAUUGAAAUAGCUUCGUUUUAUUGGACAUUAAAUGACCAAGAUUUUCCGGCUCACGAUGGUGCACAGGAAGUUAGUCUUUAUUUUCAAAUCAUUCUAUUUUAUUUUUAAUAGAAACAAGUCAUUUUAUUUUUGUUUUUUUUUAUAUUUUGUUUUAUGCAGGGUAAAGAUAUUUUUAACGCUUUACUAGAAGCAGGGCGAGACCGGAACUUAACUCUCAAAAUAGCACGAAAUAUACCGUUUAACGGUUAUUCAUCCCAUGAUAUAAAUAUACUCCAGAAAGAUGCCCAUGCUCAGGUAAUUUAUAUAAACAUCUAUCUUCGAUUAAUUUAAUGCAUACAAAUUUAUGGCCUUAUAUUCUAGGUAGUAACUCUUAAUUUCACUAGUCUAUGGGGCAGUGGAGUAUUACACACGAAAUUUUGGUUGAUUGAUCGUACCCAUUUUUAUGUUGGAUCGGCUAAUAUGGACUGGAGAUCGCUGACCCAAAUCAAAGAGAUCGGUGUUGUUGGAACGAAAUGCUCAAUUCUUGCCAACGAUGUUGGAAAAAUAUUUGAUGUAAGAAUUAUAUAUUUUGAUAAUUAGAUAUAGGCGAAAUUAGGAGGGGGCUAUGGGGGCUUUAGUACACCCAAAGCUAAAAAUAAGCAUCCCCAAAAAUACCCAAUUCGCUUUUUUAUAGUAUCGAAAAAUAUUUUAUCCGUGUAUUUCCUAAUUAAUUAAUAGAACAAAAUACCGAUGACAUACGGAUGAAAAUACUGCCCUUAAAAACUCCGUAAGUCAUUAGACAACGUUUUUUGAGGCAAACUGAUUUUUAUAUUUUGCAUUUUCUAAAAUUCAUAAUUUUUCUAACAUUAUAUUCAACAAAGUAUGAUAUGGAUAUUUUUUUGUUAUUUUACGUGAUAAUGGAAUAAAAAAAAGAUAUGAAUAAAUGAGUUCAGAAAUACUUGAUUAACUUAACUGACCUACUAACCUAGCUUUUAGUGGUAAGAACUGUACUAAAUAGUAAAUAUACGAGUUGUAUGGCGUUUUUGCUUAGUGUGAUUAUUAAACGGCCAUUUUUACGAUUUGUUUGAUGUAUGUAACUCGUUUCUCAAUUUUUUUAGACUUACGACGUUUUUGCUUUUGAGGGCAGAAUAAAUUAUGGGUGUAUAAAAUUUAAAUUAAAAAGUUAUGAAUAAUUUUUUACAAAAAUUGUAAAUAAAAUGUAUAUUUGCUUAUAUGUAUCAUGUAAACUUGAAGCUUUAAAAAAGUUAGUAGUGACGAUGACCACAAGGGCCUGUGAUGUGUCCAUAAUUAUAUUAACCUCAAAUUUGGUGGUCUAAUUGUGUUAUUUAAUUAGAAAAUACAUUUUCCAUAAUUUAUCAAGUUGAUAUAGAUUAUAAGUAGUUGGAUGUUUAAUAAAGGUUUACUGGCAAAUCGGAAAACAAGGAAAAGUUCCAGCGAAUUGGUCUGAUGUACUCAGCACUAAAAUCAAUAUUUCUAAUCCACUGCAUUGGUCUGACUCAAUUAACAACAAAUAUAGCACAUUUAUCUCAGUGAGUAUUUUCCAGUUCGAUGGUCGAUUUUAUCUUUUUUAAUUUUUGAAUGAAAUUUCAAAUAUGUUUAUUUAGAGUUCACCGGCGCAAUUGUCACCGAGUGGAAGGACAGACGAUCUAAAUGCCAUUUUAUAUUGCAUGAAUAAAGCGAAGAAAUUCAUCUAUAUAUCAGUUAUGUUUUAUUGCCCGCUGAGAAUUUAUUCGAUCGAAAAAAAGUUCUGGCCCGAUAUUGAUAACGCGCUGAAAUCAGCUGCAAUUAAUAAAAAAAUAACAAUUAGAAUUUUAAUAUCCAAGUGGAAGAGUGUGGAACCUUUUGAAGAUAUUUUCCUUACGUCGCUCGCUUAUUUGAGUAACAGUUUCAAGAAUGUUACAAUAGAAGUGGUGAGUUUUUUUUGAGAAAAUCAAUAUUUAUGAGUAAGCUUACACAGUAAUAAUUUCCAGAAAAAAUUUAUCGUUCCGACAAACUCUAGUUUCGAUAAUAUACCCUACGCACGAGUUAAGCAUGACAAAUUCAUGGUCACAGACAAAAUAGCUUAUGUUGGUACCAGCAAUUGGUCCGAGGAUUAUUUUAUCAAAACAGCUGGUAAUACAAGAUAUUUAAAAAAUUGUUCAUAUCUAUUUAAAAUGUCUUCUGUUCUGUAUUUAGUUUUAUAAAUAUUUUUCUAGGUAUUGGUACUGUUUUUAAAGAUGUUGAUCAUAGGAAUAAUAACACCAUUCGAGAUCAGCUUGAAGAAGUUUUCCUUCGAGACUGGAAUUCGAAAUAUGUUUUUCCGCUCAACGUAUCGAACCAGUCCUACUCAUAAAUUAGCUAUAGAAAGACUCAUCAUUUAUUUCAUGCAAUAGGUGUUCGAAAAGUGAAACUUUAAUUUUGUAAUCUUUAAUGUUUUUUUUUUAUUUUUAUAUCAUAUAUUUCUUAUUAUCAUCGUUAAUUUUGUUUUGUUAAUGCAUAUUUCUACAUUUUACGAAUAUACGAUUUAAUAAUUUAAAUUUAGCUUAUUUAUAAUAUUAUCUAUAGUAUGACCAAAUGAUGUGGUCAAUAUUGGACUAGUAAAAAUGUCGUCUUUUGGUCUGAUUAUUUUCUAUAACAGUCGACUGAAUACUACCAAUUCGCUACUGAAUCUGGUAUGACAACUCCAACGAUAUUUAGCUGUUAACGCAUUUAUUUGAUUGAUAGAAUUGAAAAUGCAUAAAAACAUACCGGUGUGUACUGAGCAAUAGAAAUCCAUGACUAGAGUCAAAUUUCCAGACAUUUUUUUUUUUAUAAACAUACACUUUGAAUAACAGUAAAUAACCGAUUAUACCUACUAUAUAAUAGUAAAAUACUAUAGGUACUAUAAUAAUUAUACUACUUCUAAAAAUAUGUGAUACUUGUGCAUUCAAAUGGUAGAGGUAUGGUUAAUGUUCAAUCUCUUUAAAAGGCACAUUGUUGAUACUAACGCUGUAGCCAUGUGUAUACAAAUGUUUAUUAGGUUGAAUAAUCUGUCAUGUUACAUUGUUUUUCGUAACUUAUAGUAUAAAUUAAAUAACAAUGCAUCUCACUUUCUCGCCUACAACAGUGGUGGAACCCGUCCAUAGUAUCAGUUCUUAUUUUUUUUAUAAUUGUUUUUAAUUUCUAUUUGAUAAAAAAUCAUAAAAAAAAUACCACAUUUGAUACCACUGAACUUCACAUUAAUUUGACCUUUAGUUUGAAAUGAUUUUUAUAAACCUUUUAUAAUUAUCAUAAUAGUGUGCGUCGAUAUCGAUUAAGUUAAUUUGGUAAAUUUUGAUUGCUAAAUUUGCAUAAAACUUCGGUUAUGUUAAGUUAAUAUAAAUAUUGUACAAUUAAAGAGUAGGAAAGGCACAUUAUCAAUUAAUGGUCUUCUUAUACAUAGUUAUUAAUUGUUUUUUAGAACGGCGAGUGCAUAGUCAAACGUUUUUGAAUUUGGAUUGCGUGGACAGAUUAAGUCAUAUUUGUUAAAAACGAAAAUAAUAUUUUUAAUAUAAUCAACAUUACGAAAAUAAUAUACUAUGGUCUUAUAUACGUAGUAUAUUAUUUAAAUAAAAAUGGUCUUAUAUACGUUAUUUUUUCUGCAGCAACCGUAAAUAGAGUUUCGUCUAAAAAGUUGCGUAAGUCAUCAUUUAUUGGAUUUAGACAUUUUAGGUUUGUAAGGGGUCCUUUUGUUAUUCCAUUUUCCACUUUUAAUUAUACACUAAACUCCCCACUCUAUCAUCUUAUGCGUCUUGCUAAUGAGGACCCCCCUUUGCUUUUAACUAUCCAUAAAUUAUUUUUCAGCUGGGU